UGCCUGACAAUCACUGCACAUAUCAGGGAUCCUCUUUCAGCCCCCAUGGCCACUACUAUCACAGACUCACAGAAGCCUUUCUCUCUGGACCCCUACCAUGUCUCUGAUGUGUUUGGCUUCAUUCUCCCUGCACCCCUGACAGAGUUGCCGCCAUACUACCAGCCCUGGAUGGACAUUGCCCAGCAUGUUACAGAGCUCAUCUACUCUCACACGCUGCGCUCCCACAUUCUCAAGAUGCCCUUGCUGAACACCCGAUUCCUGGAAAGCCACAGAGAGCUGCGUCUGGCCCAUUUGGCCCUGAGUGUGAUGACCAUGGGCUACGUGUGGCAGGAGGGGGAGAAUGACACAGUCAAGAUACUCCCCCGCAACCUGGCCGUUCCAUACUGGAAGGUGUCUCAGCGUCUAGGCCUCCCUCCCAUCCUUACCCAUGCAGACGCAGUACUGGCUAACUGGAAGAAGAGGGAUCCACAUGGACCAUUUGACAUAGAGAACUUGGAGCUGCUUGUCACUCUGCCUGGUGGGGACAGUGUGAGGGGGUUCUUCAUGGUCACUCUACUAGUGGAGCUGGCUGCAGUGCCAGCCAUCAAGAGUAUUCCCCUGGUUAUUAAUGGGGUCCAGUGUGGUGAUGCUGAGACUGUUACAAGUGCACUAGAGGAAAUCAGCCAGGCGAUGGAGGGCAUGACAGAUGCACUCAAACUGAUGCAUGCAUAUGUCAAGCCAGAUGUCUUCUAUGGUAUUAUAAGGAUCUAUCUGUCUGGGUGGAAAGAUAACUCAUCCAUGCCAGCUGGUUUGGUGUAUGAAGGCAUCCAGGCAGAGCCUAUGGAGUAUUCUGGUGGGAGUGCUGCCCAGAGCAGUCUGCUGCACUGCUUUGAUGAGCUGCUAGGAGUCAAACAUGAGGACAAUUGUGGAGCCUUUCUGACCCGUAUGAGAAACUACAUGCCCUCUUCCCACAAGCAUCUGAUCCAGGACAUAUCUCUGCAGCCCUCCCUGCGAGGCUUUGUCCAGCAGGAGGCCAGUGAGCUUCUGACCACAGCUUUUCAGCUAUGUGUGACCAAGCUAAUGGCCCUCCGCAGCUACCACAUCAACGUGGUCAGCUGCUUUAUCACCGUUCCCGCUGCCCGUGCCCGCCAGCUGCGAAGACAGGGCAACAGUUCCCAGGAGGAGACUGUCAGCAGGGCGCCCACGGCUCUGGAGGAGACGGGUACAGGCGGCUCGGGCAUCAUGAGCUUCCUAAAGACUGUGAGGGACCGCACACGGGACGUGUCCCUGCCGCUGGACAACAGGGCCAUGCAGAAGAGCACAAAUGGAGCACAACCUCAAAACACACAAUACACAACUCAUCAAACACAUCUGCAAACUAACACAUUGUAGAGACACUUUUAUACCUAGUGUGUUUAAUAAAUUAAUGAAAUGACUUGUAAUUAUGAGAGGUUUGUGCAUGACAGGGUUUGAUGUCUGACUAAAUGAGUCCCGGUGUUAUUGACAUGCUCUGUAUAAAUGAUGCCACUCUUUCAGUUCAACCCUUAAUUUAAACCAUCAGUGUUCGUUUCCGUUAAAUGCAACCACUAAUAUCUUUAUUCAAUCUAAAAUAGAAUGUAAAAUAUAUAUUGGAUGACUAGUCCAGACUAACUGUGGUCAUAGUCAGAAAACUCGCACUGAUCCCCAGGGCAGGCUGAGGAAAGUUUUGAAAGUUAGCUUAUCCUGACCUGAGAGUUAAUACAUACAACCAGGGUGAUACUUAACCGUAAUCUGAGUACUGAUUUCAUAUGUCAUCACGGACAGUAUAGUCAGCUUUUUUUGUAUUUUAUGCAACCUAUCCUACAUGUCCUGUUUUGGAGUUUUUGCUAAAGAAGUAAUUGAAGGUCCCUGCAGUUCAUCAUCAUGAUGACUAAUAUAAACACAUUGCAAUGCAACCUCCACUGUCAGCAAAGAGCAGGUGUCCCACAAAAAGCUGCAGAGCCCAGAGACACCAGAGUAGGGCACUGACUCAAACAGCAAGGCUCACAGACGGAGAGAGGGAGAGAGAUAGAGAGAGCUGUGACGUGGUAAGGUUGGACUCGGCUGCAGAAAAAAAGACCAGACGAAGAAUCAGUGAUUAAGGAUAAACUUAAUACUUUACUGAGAAACAUUAGCUGCAGGAUAACAGUACACAACAAACACUAAGUCUCGCAAACUCACUCAAGAUAUGACCGCACACGGUAAACAAUUCAAGCGUAUUGUUUUUACUCCUUUUUUCUCCCCAAAUACUAGUUACAGUCUUAUCCCAUUGCUGAAACUUCCGUACGGACUUGGGAGAGGCGAAGGUCGAGAGCCGUGUGUCUUAUCAAACACAACCCAGCCAAGCCGCACUGCUUCUUGACACAAUGCCUGCUUAAACCAGAAGCCAGCCACACGAAUGUGUCGGAGGAGACAUCGUACACCUGGCAACCAUGUCAGCGUGCAUGUGCCCGGCCCGCAACAGGAAUUGCUAGAGUGCGAUGGGACAAGGGUAUCCCUAACCCGGACGAGGCCGGGCCAAAUGUGUGCGGCCCCAUGGGCCUCCUGGUCGCAGCUGUCAGCGACAGAGCCUACACUCUAACCAGGAUCUCUAGUGGAACAGCUAGCACUGUGAUGCAGUGCCUUAGACCACUGCACCAGUUGGGAGGCCCGAAACACACCUCUUUUAACAGGGAAAUCAUAAUGAGUAAAUUGGACACACCUGAGUGUAGUUGAUGUCUCUAGGACAGUGUCGUGUAUGUGCCUUUUAUUUUAUCAAAUCAAUUCUCUGUGUAAUUCAAAUCAAAUCAAAUUUUAUUUGUCACAUACACAUGGUUAGCAGAUGUUAAUGCGAGUGUAGCAAAAUACUUCUAGUUCCGAUUAUGCAGUAAUAUCUAGCAAGUAAUCUAACAAAUUCACAACAACUACCUUAUACACACAAAUACACACAAAUGUAAAGGGAUGAAUAGAAUAUGUACAUAUCAAUGGAUGAGCGACACCGUUUGGCAUAGGCAAGAUGCAGUAGACGGUAUAUAAUACAGUAUAUACAUAUGAGAUGAGUAAUGUAGGAUAUGUAAACAUUAUUAAAACCUGUUUGGGAUAGGGGGCAGCA